AAUACUACACUGAAUAAUGCCAUACAAAAAUUAUCCAAGAACACAACCCUUCUGUGGCUCUCCUUUCUAGUUCCCAUUCCCCUCCACCACGCUAUCUAGCCACCACUAGCCAUUAGCACCAAUUUCCCCGACCUCUAUCUCUCUCUUUCUUCCCCACGACGUCCAAUUCCCCCCAGUACUCGCCAAACCAUGAGCGACCCCGUCGACAAGCUGGUCACCUUCCUCGCCAAAAGAGACGGCAUCGACAAGCUGGUCAAGACCUUCCAGUACGUCUCCAAGCUGGUCCACUACCACGUGGAGCCCACCCGCCCGGACCUCGCGGGCCGCUUCAAGCAAUGGGAGGUCGCCUCGGGCCUCAGCAGGAAGGCCUUCCGCACGGGCCGGUUCCUGACCGGGUUCAACGCCCUCCGCAGGAACCCCGGCCCGUCCGAAACGUUCAGGCUGCUGGCCGUCCUGGCCAACGCCGGGGAAAUGGUUUACUUCUUCUUUGACCACUUCCUCUGGCUGUCAAGGAUCGGCGUGCUGGAGGCCAGGCUGGCACGCCGGAUGAGCUUCGUUUCGGCUUUCGGCGAGUCGUUUGGGUACGUGUUCUUCAUCGUCGGGGACUUGAUACUGAUCAAGGAUGGGGUGAGGAAGGAGAGGGAGCUUCGGAAGAGAAAGGGAGGUGACGAAACGGCGUCGUUGGAGGAGGGAAUCGGGAAGAUAAGAGCGGAUAGGGUGAUGCGGCUGAUGGGUGUGGCGGCGAACGUGGCGGACUUGUUUAUUGCGCUGGCGGAUAUUGAGCCCAACCCGUUCUGUAACCAUACGGUUACGCUUGGGAUUAGUGGGCUGGUCUCGGCUUGGGCCGGGUGGUACAGAAAUUGGCCUUCGUAAGGGGAACGAGGUCAAUUUGUGCAUAUGUAUUUGAGUCUUCACUCUUGAUGGAUGGGGAGAAUGGGAAAAUGUGAGGAGAAAAAACUUAGAUCAUAAGGCAUGUUGUAAUAGCUUUGCAGCUUGAAGAUAUGAGACUCUCGUUCAUCACAAACAAUGCAGUCAAAAUCGCGCUUUAAAAUUUAAAAG